CAUAAUGUAUUUUCCAAACCAAACCACAUUUAGAGAGAGAUAUUUCAAGUCUUGAAUCAAAGAGUAGUAGUCCUCCAAACCAAAACCCUUCUUUCUUCUUUCUGUCUUUGCUGUUCUUCUUCUUCCAUGUCUGAUCAGGAACCUAAAGACCUUUACUACCAUGACCUAUUUCAGUAUGAAGAUCAUGAUGGUGGGAUGGUCGGCAUCAACAACCACCCAAAUUUGCAAGGGUUUGAUGUGAAUCCUUCAUACAUGAACCUAACAGAGUGUUUGAAAGGAUCCAUGGACUAUAAUUCACUUGCAACGGCUUUUGGCUUGUCAUCUUCAACCUCUGAAGCACUAUUUUCGUCUAUUGAAGGAGAUCAAAAGCCUGCUAAUCAUCUUGGAUACUCAGGUGGUGGCGGAGGCGGUGAUGUGACUCCUUUGACGCCAAACUCUUCCAUGUCGUCUUCUUCAGCUGAGGUUGGUGCUGAUGAGGACUGUGGUAAGAAUAAGAAAGAUAGGCAGCCAAAAGGGUCAUCAGAAGAUGGAGGAGAUAGCUCUAAGAAAGUGAGCAAACUAGCAAAGAAUAAGGGAGAGAAAAAGCAAAGAGAGCCACGAUUUGCCUUCAUGACCAAGAGUGAGGUUGAUCAUCUAGAAGAUGGAUACAGAUGGAGAAAAUAUGGGCAGAAAGCUGUGAAAAAUAGCCCAUAUCCAAGGAGCUACUACCGGUGUACGACACCAAAAUGCGGGGUCAAGAAACGCGUAGAGAGGUCGUACGAGGACCCAUCCACUGUGAUUACGACAUACGAAGGUCAGCACAACCACCCGCUUCCAGCAACCCUUAGAGGAAAUGCGGCUGCAGCAUUGUUCCCACCUUCUAUGCUAAACCUAGCACCCGCCACGCGUACAUUCUCAACCUUGGCUGCUGGUGGCCCAAGCUCUGCCUUUUCUCAGGAAUUUUUGUUUCAAAUGCCCCAAUACAUGAUCAGUAACAAUGCUAAUCAGGGAUCGUCACGAAACCCCAAUUAUCAUCUGCAGCAGCAUCAACUGCCUCAUGGAGCUGCUGAUCAGUAUGGACUUUUGCAGGACUUGGUUCCUUCCAUGUUCCUCAAACAAGAGCCUUGAUGAUCUCCCUCGCGAUCGAUCUCUAGCUCGUUAAUUUGUAGAUAUGAUUAAUUAUUUUAUAUAGUAGCUAGUCUCAUGAUCUUGAGUGAUCAUCCUUGACGUUUUUAAUUAGUGAGCUAGCUAGGUUGCAUAUCUACGUACCCUUCACUUCUAAUCAUUUUAAUUCCACUCAUAUUUGUGAAGAGUUUGACUCUUUCUCUAAUCUCGCAGUGUAAGCUUUUAAGUCUUCCAUUUUGGAGGUAAUUUGCUAGCUCGAACUGCUACCAUAUAUAGGAAAUCAAAUGGAUUUGUAAGAUGAUGAGUUUAUUUAUGUAUAGUGGUUCGCGAGAACGUAGUGCAUGUGAAUUGAGGAUUGCAUGCCUCAUGUUUAAUUGCUUGUAUUAUACAGGUGGUGCAACAGGAUUUUCUUAUCUACGUAAUGUAAUGCAAGAUCCUUGCCGUGACAGCCUUGCUUUCAUGCAGUGGGAUUUUUACUGAGUUUAAUAUAUGGUAAUUUUCUUUUA